AUGCCGCAAUUGGAUGAACAACUGUUUCCAUCAACCCCAGGUAAAAUUAAGAUCGAGCGUGCCCAUCAUCAUUACACCAUGAACAGAGCGGUUCACCGGUGUUUCACCUCCACCAGCACGAUAUUUCUCUGGGCUUUGUUUUUGGUAGCUCUAAUGGCGUCGUAUAUGAGCAUCCAAAGCUUCGUUGAUUCAAGUAGCAGGUAUCUCCACCACACAACGUCGCGAGGUCAUGGUGGCAUUGGUGGGCUCCUUUGGGAGAAACAAAUCCGUUCAUCGGCUCAGAUCCGUCGUUCUAAUGGUAUGUCCGUUCUCGUUACCGGCGCAGCCGGUUUCGUCGGAACACACGUCUCCCUGGCGUUGAAGAAACGCGGCGACGGCGUUGUUGGUGUUGAUAACUUCAACGACUAUUACGACCCAUCGUUGAAAAAGGCACGACGUGGUCUUCUCGAUUCACACAACGUCUUCGUCGUGGAGGGUGAUAUCAACGACCGGCAACUUUUAGCGAAGCUCUUCGACGUGGUGGCGUUUACCCACGUUAUGCACUUGGCUGCGCAGGCCGGAGUCCGAUACGCCAUAGAAAACCCACACUCAUACGUCCAUAGCAACGUCGCCGGACUGGUCACGCUUCUUGAACAAUGCAAGUCAGCCGACCCACAACCCGCCGUCGUAUGGGCCAGCUCCAGCUCUGUCUACGGGUUAAACGAUAAGUCGCCGUUUUCCGAAUCCGAUAGGACCGACCAACCGGCGUCUCUUUACGCCGCCACAAAAAAAGCCGGUGAAGCGAUUACACAUACAUACAACCAUAUUUACGGGUUAUCAAUCACCGGACUGAGGUUUUUCACUGUUUAUGGUCCGUGGGGACGACCGGACAUGGCAUAUUUCUCUUUCACCCGGAAUAUUCUACAGGGGAAACCGAUAACUGUCUACAGAGGGAAGAAUCGGGUCGAUUUGGCCCGGGAUUUUACAUAUAUUGAUGAUAUUGUGAAAGGUUGUGUGGCGUCGUUGGACACAUCUGGUAAGAGUACCGGGUCGGGUGGGAAGAAGAGAGGAGCGGCGCCGUACCGGAUAUUUAAUCUUGGAAACACGUCGCCGGUGACGGUGCCGACGUUGGUGAGUAUACUGGAGAAGAAUUUGAAGAAGAAGGCGAAGAAGAACGUGUUGGAGAUGCCUGGAAACGGCGACGUUCCAUUCACACAUGCAAAUAUCAGUUUGGCCCGAAGGAAACUCGGGUAUAAACCGACAACCGAUUUGCCAACCGGGUUGAGAAAAUUUGUUAAAUGGUAUUUAUCGUAUUAUGGCUACGAUCAAGGAAAGCCUGUAAAUUUUAAAUAG